GUCAUCGCCAGUGGCCGGUUUGAAUGAGGCUUGUCGCACUGUAGCUGCCGCCUCCACUGCGCUUCCUCCCCGGCCGUCUCCACGAGCUGCUUCGUAUUCCUCGGCCGUCCUUGUCAGAUCCAGCCUCCCGCGCCGUUUCUUCCUUCCUGCUUCGCCAUGCCACUCUACUCUGUUACAGUAAAAUGGGGAAAGGAGAAAUUUGAAGGUGUAGAAUUGAAUACUGAUGAGCCUCCAAUGGUGUUCAAGGCCCAGCUUUUUGCAUUGACUGGAGUCCAGCCAGCCAGACAAAAAGUUAUGGUGAAAGGAGGAACCCUGAAGGAUGAUGACUGGGGAAACAUCAAAAUGAAAAAUGGAAUGACUGUACUAAUGAUGGGGUCAGCAGAUGCUCUUCCAGAAGAACCCUCUGCUAAAACUGUCUUCGUAGAAGACAUGACAGAAGAACAGUUAGCAACUGCUAUGGAAUUGCCAUGUGGGUUGACAAACCUCGGAAACACUUGUUACAUGAAUGCUACAGUUCAGUGUAUUCGCUCAGUGCCUGAACUCAAAGAUGCUCUUAAAAGGUAUGCAGGUGCCUUGAGAGCUUCAGGAGAAAUGGCUUCAGCACAGUAUAUUACUGCAGCUCUUAGAGAUUUGUUUGAUUCCAUGGAUAAAACUUCUUCUAGUAUCCCACCUAUUAUUCUGCUGCAGUUUCUGCACAUGGCUUUCCCACAGUUUGCAGAGAAAGGUGAACAAGGGCAGUAUCUUCAGCAGGAUGCUAACGAAUGCUGGAUACAAAUGAUGAGAGUCCUGCAACAGAAACUAGAAGCCAUAGAGGAUGAUUCUGGUAGAGAGACGGAUUCUUCAUCUGCAUCAGCAGUGGCACCUUCUAAAAAGAAAAGCUUAAUUGAUCAGUUUUUUGGUGUUGAGUUUGAAACGACCAUGAAAUGUACAGAAUCUGAAGAAGAGGAGGUCACCAAAGGAAAGGAAAAUCAACUUCAACUUAGUUGUUUCAUUAACCAGGAAGUGAAGUAUCUUUUCACAGGGCUUAAACUGCGACUUCAGGAAGAAAUUACUAAACAGUCUCCAACAUUGCAGAGAAAUGCUUUGUACAUCAAAUCUUCUAAGAUCAGCCGGCUACCUGCUUACUUAACUAUUCAAAUGGUUCGGUUUUUUUAUAAAGAGAAAGAAUCUGUGAACGCCAAAGUUCUUAAGGAUGUUAAAUUUCCUCUUAUGUUGGAUGUGUAUGAACUCUGUACACCAGAACUUCAAGAGAAAAUGGUCUCUUUUCGGUCAAAAUUCAAAGAUCUAGAAGAUAAAAAAGUGAAUCAACAACCCAAUGCAAAUGACAAGAAUAAUCCUCCAAAAGAGAUUAAGUAUGAACCCUUUUCAUUUGCUGACGAUAUUGGCUCCAAUAAUUGUGGCUACUAUGACUUACAAGCAGUGUUAACUCACCAGGGAAGAUCUAGUUCUUCAGGUCAUUAUGUAUCAUGGGUGAAACGAAAACAAGAUGAAUGGAUCAAAUUUGAUGAUGAUAAGGUCAGCAUCGUAACACCAGAAGAUAUUCUGCGGCUGUCUGGUGGUGGAGACUGGCACAUUGCUUAUGUUCUACUUUAUGGGCCUCGAAGAGUUGAAAUAAUGGAAGAAGAAAGUGAACAGUAAUCUUCGAUUUAGCUAUUUAUGCCUAGGUGUGAAAUAAAUGUUUGGUUUUUUGUUGUUGUUGUUGAACAUUUCUGUAAUCUUGAGCUCUAAAGAGAACGAGAACAGAGCCAAGCCACUUGUGCAUCUUCAAUCUUAAGGCUAUGGAAAAUUACGUUUGGGUGCUACCUUGUGUAAAGGUAGCUUCAAGACAGUCUUUAAAAAUCUCAGUUUUUGCAUUAAUUCUUAGAAAUCCUUGGCUGAAAUACAUUUUAUCCCUUGCCAAGAUUUAGCAGUGAUGUUUAUUGCACACCUAUUUGUUGUUAUUGCAUGGUUAAUAUCACCGUUCAGUAGCUGCCCGUCCUUUGCCUUAUCUAACCAAUAUUUUCCUAGGAAGGUGGAAAAGGAAGUGUUGCUCUCAUCGUGUAACUCAGUGCUGCUGUCCACAUCCCAUCAACUGGGUGCAAUCAAGUAUUGUCCAGACUGACUUUGCUGGCCUUUUGUGACUUUAAAAUAAAUGGUGAUCAAUAAGAACACACUUGAUUAUACACUUAUUGUGUCUCUAAUGGACUUUGGUUUAUAUGUUAAACUUUGCAUUGUUUUUUUUGUAGUAAUCAUAAUGUGUAAACAAGCUCUGGUUGCUUAUUUUUAGAAACCAAGGAUAUUUAAUAAUAGAAAAAUAAGGAAAAAGAAGGAUUAACAACUUUGACAUCAUCUCUUUUUAGUAUUAGAGCUUGGCUGAAGAGUCAGAUGAAUUCAGUACUACACAAUUUCCGCAAAUGGCUAAUAAUCCUAAGUAGUCAAGCAUCCAUUUUAAAUACAAAGUUGUGAAACAGCAUUCUAAAAACAAUUCUUUAAGGUAGAAAUUGGAUUUCCAUCAGUUUGUUUUAAAUAAGGUGUUAAGUGUUUUAGAAUGCAUCCUUGAAAUGUAAGAGAUGAGGCAAAAAACAUUCUCCUCCCUUUCAGUUCCUGAACACGCCUUAACUUGCUUAAUGCAGAAGACGUUGGAGGCCAGGGCUGUGCUUAGUCACUGCGUCCCCAGCUAGUAGAGCAUGCUCUAAGCAGGGACAAUUAACAGUGGUCUGCCCGGCAGCCCUCCACUAGUGACCUAAACACUCACAGGAAAUGCUGUCUGGGAACAGAACAUGAACAUCGUACCUUCAGCCAGCACAUGCUCUGCUACAUACAGGGUAUUUUCACAUCUCAAGUGAACUGACAGGAAUCCCUGGGUGUUAGACUUGAGGACAUUAAUCUUUGUAAAGCUAAAGGAGUACUUGAGUCUUAGACUCCACUUCACAUAAGUUAGAGGCUAGCAAACAUUUUCUGUUUUCGACAAACAGCAAAUGAUUAGGUUUUGCAGGCCCUGGCUAUCAGUUUGAACUCUUGCUGCUGUUGUGCUGUUGUGUAAAUAUGUCAGAGUGCCAGUAAAACACAGUCCUAAGGUUUCAAAAGUGUCAUCUUGUGAUUUCAGAAUACAUUUUAUAACUUAUAGCAUGCAGGAAACUAAUUUGGGAUAGAACUGUAACAUACAUACUCAUAAGUAGUACUCAUUAUAAAAAUACUUAACAAAAAUUACUCUGUGAUCUUGAGGUCCUUUUACUUUGGCCAUUUCCCUACCCUGUCCUCUACUCCACUGCUUGUUCUGUAUGUGGUUUUUGGAGCACCAGCCAACUGUACAAUAGCUGUUAUAAAAGUGUUUAUUGUUUACCAAAACCAGUGAACCUUUAUCAAAUGCUGCUUGGUAACAAAAUCUUAUCACUGUUUAAUAAAAAAGGAAAGAACGGAAGAAAGCUAA